AAAUGGCUGCGCGGUGUUCCUCACGCUGGUUGCUAGCGGCGGCCGGCGGGACCCCCAGGCUGCCGGCUGCAGCGGGGAGAGCGGUCCGGCUGCUCCGGGGGUCCGUAGUGGGGGCGUCACUGGGUCGCAAGCUGACCGUCGCGGCCUUUUCGCUCUCGCCGGGUGCUCGUGGCCCCCGGGGGCUGCUGACAUUGAGACCGAGCGUCAGCCUCGCAGGAGCAAAACAAUACCCUUCUGUAUGUGCUGCACCCUUCCACACGAGUGCCUCUUUGGACAAAGAUGACUAUUACCAGAUAUUAGGAGUACCCCGAAAUGCCAGCCAGAAAGAUAUCAAGAAAGCCUAUUACCAGCUUGCCAAGAAAUAUCACCCUGACACAAAUAAAGAUGAUCCUAAAGCCAAGGAGAAGUUCUCCCAGCUGGCAGAAGCAUAUGAGGUGUUGAGUGAUGAAGUAAAGAGGAAGCAGUAUGAUGCCUAUGGCUCUGCUGGCUUUGACCCUGGGGCCAGCAGCUCUGGGCAGAGCUACUGGAGGGGAGGCCCUUCUGUGGACCCUGAGGAACUCUUCAGGAAGAUUUUCGGGGAGUUCUCAUCCUCAUCUUUUGGAGAUUUCCAGAGUGUGUUUGAUCAGCCUCAGGAAUACAUCAUGGAACUGACAUUCAAUCAAGCAGCCAAGGGCGUCAACAAGGAGUUCACCGUGAACAUCAUGGACACCUGUGAGCGCUGCGAUGGCAAAGGGAACGAGCCAGGAACCAAGGUGCAGCAUUGCCACUACUGUGGUGGCUCUGGCAUGGAAACCAUCAACACGGGCCCUUUUGUGAUGCGUUCCACGUGUCGGCGAUGUAGUGGCCGAGGCUCCAUCAUCACAAAUCCUUGUGUGAUCUGCAGAGGAGCAGGACAAGCCAAGCAGAAGAAGCGAGUGAUGAUCCCUGUGCCUGCAGGAGUUGAGGAUGGCCAGACUGUGAGGAUGCCUGUGGGGAAACGCGAGAUUUUUGUCACGUUCAGGGUGCAGAAAAGCCCUUUGUUCCGGAGGGACGGUGCAGACAUCCACUCUGAUCUCUUUAUUUCAAUAGCACAGGCUCUUCUUGGUGGGACAGCCAGAGCCCAAGGCCUGUAUGAGACGAUCAAUGUGACGAUCCCAGCUGGGAUUCAGACAGACCAGAAGAUCCGCUUGGCUGGAAAAGGAAUUCCCCGGAUUAAUAGCUACGGCUAUGGUGAUCACUACAUUCACAUCAAGAUUAGAGUUCCAAAGAGACUAACCAGUCGACAGCAGAGCUUGAUACUGAGCUACGCAGAAGAUGAGACAGAUAUGGAGGGGACAGUGAACGGUGUUACCCAUACAAGCACUGGUGGCAGGACCAUGGAUAGCUCCACAGGAAGCAAGGAUAGGCGUGAGGCUGGGGAGGAGAAGGAGGGAUUCCUUUCCAAACUUAAGAAAAUGUUUAUCUCCUGAUAAUCCCUCCCAGCUGAGGAAAACGGUCCACUGGAAACUAGGCCAGGAACAGCAGCCCUCCUCUUGGACCUCAGAGCUGGAGGGUCCUGGAGCAGCCCUGAGCCCGCCUGCAGAGCCCUGCACUGCCUAGCAACAGCAGAACCGUGUAAUGACACUUCUCUGUAGGGACAGCCAUGGUGGACAGCCUCUGGGCAGUGACAUGUAGCCCCCAAGGACUGGUGGAAAUUUCUUGUCCACCACCAGAAGACACCUCUUUUGGCUCAGGCAGGGUAAGAAAUUCGGACUCUUCUUGCAGCACUAAAAGCAAUUUGGAAUUAACUAUGGUGGAGAUCUUAAAAGAAUUAAAAGUCACGCUUAUAGCUUAAAAGUGAAGCCUUAAGACACAUCGGGUUGUGAAGUGAUUAAUUUCCUUCUCAGAAAAUCUCCCAAAGAUUCUGCAUUACAUCCUUCUUAAGGUGGUCUCCGCCAGCAGCCAGUGACUACACACCCCACCAACACCGCCUUCCCCACAGCCUCUGCUGAGGCAACAGUCAUUUCUCUGGAGUUUGUUUGGAUUCCUGAAGGUACUGAGCAGCUGGAAAGUGGGUGCUAAGACCUAGUGCGGCAUACCUGUGGAACACAGUCCUUCUCUCCUCACCUCAGAUGGCUGUUUGCCCGACUGCUAAGUACAGCUGGCUAUGGUGUAGGGGGUGAGAGUCCUGACCUCUUCUAAGCUGGAGCCACCAUGGCCAUGUGGGGCAGAUUUUAGCCUCUGUGGGAAUCCAGACGUUUGCCAGCUAGGGCUUGAUUUUCCCCAUUCAACAUUAUUAGCAUCUGUUUUCCAAAGUGUGGUUAAAUUACUCAGUGCUAAGAAUCAUUGUCUUUUCCUGUGUAAAUGUUCAUGAGGAGAAAGCAGUGUUAAGCUGAUGAAGGCGCCCCACUGUGCCCCAGAGCAAACCCUGUCCCCAGCCUGUGCUGGUAGCAUGUUGCGGUUUCCGUGUGUUCCAAGUCCUCAAGCUCGCUAGCGUAAGACAGGCUAAAGAACACUUUCUCAGUAGUUUCUUCCUUUUCCUUUACAAUUUACAAGAGGAAAACAUUUAUUAGUGUCUGACUUAAGAAUGUAAAAUGAUUCUGUAUCAAUGUAAAUAAGAUGAUCUGCUACAAAAGAUAUUUAAGCUUAAA